CACUGCCUGUCCACAUUCUUCCCUCUGCAGCACCCAAUGCACCCAGCAACAUAAGCAUCGACACUGACACCGAGCAACCACACGUGAUCGUCCACUGGGAUCAUAACUCCACGUGCACUGCUUCGACAUUUCUACUCACCGUAUACAACGAACACGGUGAAGCCAUUGUCAGUGAGCCCAGCAACAGCACCACAUGGCGAUGGAGCAAUCCCAUACAAUGCACACCACACUAUGUCACCAUCACAACCAUCAGUGAGACCACCGGCGUGAACGCAUCGACAAACUCGCACAAAUUCACAAGUAAACCACCACCCAAUGCACCCAGCAACAUAAGCAUCGACACUGACACCGAGCAACCACACGUGAUCGUCCACUGGGAUCAUAACUCCACGUGCACUGCUUCGACAUUUCUACUCACCGUAUACAACGAACACGGUGAAGCCAUUGUCAGUGAGCCCAGCAACAGCACCACAUGGCGAUGGAGCAAUCCCAUACAAUGCACACCACACUAUGUCACCAUCACAACCAUCAGUGAGACCACCGGCGUGAACGCAUCGACAAACUCGCACAAAUUCACAAGUAAACCACGUGAGUCCGAUUUUCCACAACCCUCCUCAUGCAUACAACAACAAUCCAACAUGCACGUACACAUGCGCAAACACAACAGACACGCACAUGCUCUCUCCAGCAGUCACAUAAAUACACACGCGCAGUCUCGCAGAAACAAUUAG